AUGAAGGGUUUCUAUACUGCCUUUGUGGCUUCGGCCAUCACCGGCGCUUUCGCCGCCCCCAGCCCUGUUGAGAAGGGUCAAGUCACCGCUGCUGCUGCUUGUGCCACGCCUGUCACACUCUCCGGCAACCCUUUCACUCGUUCCAUCUACGCCAACAAGGAGUACGCCAAGGAGGUUGCUACUGCUGCUUCCGCCAUCUCCGAUAGUGCCUUGAAGGCACAGGCUACCAAGGUUGCCCAAGUCGGUACCUUCCUGUGGAUCGACACUCGCGCCCGUAUUUCCGUCAUCGAGGAGAACUUGAAGGACGUCCCCUGCGACCAGCUCGCAGCUUUCGUCAUCUACGACCUUCCUGGACGUGACUGUGCCGCCAAAGCCUCCAACGGUGAACUCGCUGUCGGUGAUGUCGCCACCUACAAGAGCGAGUACAUUGACCCCAUUGUCGCCAUCUUCAAGAAAUACCCCAACACCGCCAUCGCCCUCAUCAUCGAGCCCGACUCUCUCCCUAACCUCGUUACCAACAUCGACGAGCAGGCCUGCAAGGACUCUGCGUCGGGAUACCGUGAGGGUGUUGCUUACGCCCUCAAGUCGCUCAACUUGCCCAACAUCAUCAUGUACAUCGAUGCUGGACACGGUGGUUGGCUCGGAUGGAACGACAACCUCAAGCCUGGUGCCGAAGAACUUGCCAAAGUCUACAAAGACGCCGGCUCUCCCAAGCAAGUCCGCGGUAUCUCUACCAACGUGGCCGGCUGGAACCAAUGGGACCUCACUCCCGGCGAAUUCUCAAAAGCCACCGACGCGCAAUGGAACAAGUGCCAAAACGAAAAAACCUACGUCGAGACCUUUGGUCCUCUGCUCAAGGCCGCCGGCAUGCCCAGCCAGGCCAUCAUCGAUACCGGCCGCAACGGCAAGUCUGGCCUCCGCAAGGAGUGGGGCGACUGGUGCAACGUCAUUGGCGCCGGCUUCGGAAAGCGCCCGACCAGCUCGACCGGCAGCACCCAGGCUGACGCCUUUGUGUGGGUUAAGCCCGGCGGCGAGAGCGAUGGUACUAGCGAUACCUCGGCUACUAGGUACGACUCCUUCUGUGGAAAGGACGAUGCGUUCAAGCCCAGUCCCGAGGCUGGUACGUGGAACCAGGCCUACUUCGAGGCCCUGCUCAAGAACGCUAACCCUACCUUUUAA